AUGGUGAGAGAGUGAAUCUAAAUUUAAUAGAAUCUGUGUGUUUUUAAUGUUUUAGAGUGUGAUAUAAAUGAAUGUUUUUGUCUUUAUUAACCUGCGUAAACAUUUAAGAUCUGUGUGAGCUAACGGCUAACGGAGCUAGCUGCUACUGCUGCUCUUAUGUAAUAGUUGCUGCUAGUUGAGCUGUGAGCUGAUCUGUCACGUUUAUCUGGACGUGAGAAGAUUUAUCAUUGUACAAAUGUGAAUAAUUAUGAACUAAACAGCUUCCCUCUAAAUGUCUGACUCUCCUGUUACCCUCUAUUGUCCAUGAGUUAAAGUAAAUCUGAGCUGCUGCUGUUUAUCCUCCUGUCUCUGAUCAUCUCUGAAGCUCCUAAAACACUUGAUGUUGUUUAUUUUAUGUAUGACUGUAAACCCGGACUAAGAGUAGCUCGGAUUCUAAACAUCAGUCUGUCCUCUCUUGUGUUGUUUCUCUUCAGGACGCCCCCCAGUAUCCAGGUUACCCCUCUCAUUACUGGUACCCCCAGUCUCAUUCAACAGGACAUUAUGCAAACAGCUUCCCAUCGGGAUCAGAAGUUCAGCCUCAGUACAGUCCACAGGUACACAUCAUGAUGCAACAACCUCAACACGCUGUAAAUCCCAGUCUGUACUGUGGACCUAAAUCUAACCUUAAGUCUCUUAAGCUUUUUUAACCUCCGCCUCUCAGUUUAUAACAGGCUGCGACUGUGUGAGGACACUUACAUCACUAUAUCACACCAACACAACCACGAAUACUGCUUCAAUGAAGUCUCUACGUCUUCAGACUAGGGCUGGGCGAUCUGGGACAAAGUUUAUCAUGAUGUAUUUUUUUCAUAUUAGUCAAUAUCGAUAUAUAUCGUCGUCGUUUUCUUCUGCUUCAUCCGGGUCAGCAGCUUCAGGAGGGAAGCCCAGACGGCUCUCACCCCAGACACCUCCACCAGCUCCUCUGGGGGGAUUCCCAGGCGCUCCCAGGCCAGGCGAGAGAUAUAAUCCCUCCACCUGGUCCUGGGCCGGCCACGAGGUCUCCUCCCGGUGGGGCAUGUCUGAAACGUCUCUAACGGGAGGCGUCCAGAAGGCGUCCUAACCAGAUGCCCGAGCCACCUCAGCUGACUCCUCUGGACAUGGAGGAGCAGCGGUUCUCCUCUGAGCGCCUCCCGAGUGUCCGAGCUCCUUACCCUAUCUCUAAGGCUGAGCCCGGACACCCUGAGGAGGACACCCAUUUCAGCCGCUUGUAUCUGCGAUCUUGUUCUUUCGGUCAUUACCAAAGUUCAUGACCAUAGGUGAGGAUCGGCACGUAGAUCGACCGGUAAAUCAAGAGUCUCGCCGUACGGCUCGAGAUAUAAAAACUGAAAUCUAACAGUGUUUAUUGGUCUCAUGUCUUUUCCAACACAAUAAUCUCCUGCAUCUGUGAGGUCUUUGUGUCUCUUUGGCGUUUUGUCGUAAGGCGUCGCUCUAGAGAAAGCCGACUGAAUGGUCGUCUGUUUCGGCUCCUCGCUCCUCUCGGGGUUUGUAACCUUUUGCGUUGCGCGUGCUCUGCGGCGUGGCGCUGCUUCAGGUGGUGAAAAAGAUUUGAGGUAUUCCCCGACUUUGUGAGAACAUGUACUCGACAUAAUUUACAGUCCACAUUACUCUGCUUCAUGUCCGACCUCCAAAAACCAAAACACCUCCACACCUCCGACGUUUUCCUAAUAUGUUAAUAUUUUAGUUUGUUAAUGAAGAGGAUGUGAAACGUUGUUGAUAACGUGUUUCUGCUCGGAGAUAAACAGACUCCGUCUCUCUGCUGUAGAUAAACUUCUUCUGGUCCUUCUUCUUCAGGUGAUGCCUGGAGGUUAUCCAAACGGUCACGGUGUCUACAGCCCGGCCCAGAGUCAGUACUCGACCAGCGGUUUCCACCCCUCCAACCCUUUCUACUGUGCUGACCCUCAGAGACCGGCUCCAGGUCCUUAUCCUAAUCAGGGCUGUCCAGCUGAGCAGAGCAGCGGCCCGUCUGGGCAGCCACACUCUCAACAUCAUCACUAUCCAGGUUCACACUGUCCAGGGGUGAGCUCACUGAAACACAGAGAAGGACGCUGGAGUUUAUUAAAGCUGUGAUUAAGAAAAUAUACAUAUAUAUUUUGAAAAUGGUGCAUCUAUGUCUUUGUCUCCUGCCCUCAGGGUCCUGGAUAUCCUUCUGGACCGUACCCUCACUACAGUGAAGGUGGUCAUGCGAUGCCUCCAAACCCCCCGUAUCCCACUGGGCAGCCUCUCCACCCGAGUCCCCAGAGCGACGGGUGGACACACUCUGCUGCGUAUGCACCCCCGUCACAGCAGCAGUGGCAGCCGGGCCAGCAGCCCCCACAGAACCACUAUGGAAACCCUGUGCGUCCAGCCCACCCUCCUGCAUGGCCAGGGACUGGAAGUGGGGCUCCACCACCCUACCAACCCAAGGUGAGAGUCUGUUUCAGGGCGAAUUUGAUUCUCCAGAAGAAGUUUGAGGACGAGAAAAAACAAAAAUCUAACAGAGAAAAAAGUUUUAUUCUUCGAUAGACGUCAGGACAAGGAAAUCUCCUCUGCUGUGUUCGUUCAGACCUUCACAAAAGGCUGCUUCUUACUCUAAUGACUGUAGUGGAAAAUAUUCAGUAUUACUGCAUUAUUCACUGGAUUUAGCGCCAACAAAUGUCUGCCUGACUGAGGCGCUCUGUCACACGUGUGCAGAGAGGAUCAGAACUAAACUGAAGAGCUGUUUCCUGCUCGUUCUGUGAAAAAAAAGAAAAGACAAAUAAAACCACAAAGAGCUUCUUCUUCUCAGUAACUCAUCUUUAUAAAUUUAGAGAAACUAAAAUAUUUAGUGGAUCUGAAAAUGUACGUCUAUAUAAUCUUUAUUUCUACCAAGUUCUGCGACUCAGUUUGUCGUUAUUUUAGUUAAAAAGGCUCCAAAAUCAUGAAUCUGUACCGUUCUGCCGUUUUCAGACUCUGUGCUGGACCGAGGGCUGGAGGAUAUGGGAGAAAGUUUAUCACGAUAUAUUUGUUUUCAUAUCGUCAAUAUCGAUGAAUGUCAGGAUCUAAAAAUCUAACAGUGUUUCUUGGUCUCAUGUCUUUUCCAACACAAUAAUCUCCUGCAUCUGUGAGGUCUUUGUGUCUCUUUGGCGUUUUGUCGUAAGGCGUCGCUCUAGAGAAAGCCGACUGAAUGGUCGUCUGUUUCAGGCGCCAUGGGCUCCUCGCUCCUCUCGGGGUUCGUAACCUUUUGCGUUGCGCGUGCUCUGCGGCGUGGCGCUGCUUCAGGUGGUGAAAAAGAUUUGAGGUAUUCCCCGACUUUGUGAGAACAUGUACUCGACAUAAUUUACAGUCCACAUUACUCUGCUUCAUGUCCGACCUCCAAAAACCAAAAUACCUCCACACCACCGACGUUUUCCUAACGCCAGUGUUGUGGUUGACAUUGAUGUGGUCAUCUGUUGAGCCUUCAUGGUCAUUUCUGUCGGGGGUAGCACUCAUUUUCUUUGUUUCUCACCAACAGUGCUGUCGGCUUCACCUGUUAAAGUGCUAUGGUUGGGUGGAGCUGCUGUCUGCUACGACGCUGCAGUUGGUUGAUAUUUGGUUCUAAUUCAGAACAUGAUUGGUUCAGACCCGGAGACACUCCCCUUUUCAUUGGCUGUUCGUAUAGUCGACCAAAACAUGGAAGAAUGACGACUAUUGAGAAGCAUAUUGAUCAUGUUUUAUAUUGAUAUUGAGGGAAAUUAAUUUUCAGUAUAUAUCAUUAUCUGUUCUGUCCCUUUAGGACCAACACCACCAACGUCCCCCACCUGUGGGACCAAAACCAAGACCAGCCCCACCUCCCAACACCCAGCCCAAUGGGAAGCCUGCAGAGAUCAGCUCACCUCCACAAAUGUACAACAGAACAGGAAGAGGUGAUCCUAAUCCGGCCCAAGCUGAUCCACCUCCCUCAGCCCCGGCUCCAGCCCCAGCGUCAGGUCCAGGUCCAGGCCAGGCGGGACCCCAGCCUCAGAACCAGAACCCGGGUCUAGCAAAGGUGCAGCAGGUGAUGUCCAGAGUCCUGCUGCUUCAUGAAGACGUGGACGAGUUUGUUGGCAAAAAGACAGAUAAGAGUUAUCGCUGUCUGGAGGAACUGCUGACCAAAGAGCUGCUGGAGCUGGACUCUGUGGAGACUCAGGGACAGGAGAACGUCCGGCAGGCUCGGAAAGAGGCCGUCCAGAGGAUCCAGGCCAUCCUGGACCAGCUGGAGAAGAAAGCUUUCUGA